GGUUCCUUUUUUUUUCUACUUUUUUAAAUUCUUACUAUCGUAAUUGAUUUAUUUUUUCUAUACAUACCAAAAUGGCUUCAGCCAGUAACAACCAUAAUAGCGGAGGACUCCCAGUAAUUCCUCUCUCACCUAUCGCACAGUCUUUUAUUAUUUGCAAAAAUGCUAUUAACCAAGCUUCCGAUAAACUGACUGAAGCCAAGAAAGUCAGACCUCAUCUUGGCGUUGAUGUUCUGAGAGGAUUCCUUGAGACUGUAAAAUUAGAAAGACAUCGUCUCGACACUUUGACUAGAAAAAUGCAGUCCGUUGAGGCAGCUACUUCCUUAUUUUGGGAUUCAGAUGCUCUUGCAAGACAAAUUGCAGUUAUCGAUUGCCAACUUUACAGUAGUGUUCUUUUAGACAAGAGAUCACUUUCACAAUUAGAUGCCGAGGCUACCAAACUUGUUCAUCUUGUUGACUUUCAUCAUUACUUGACUCACAGUUUUGCUCAUCAACUUAUUUAUUGGGCGGAACUCACAAAGCCGGAAAAUGGAGCUUCUGCUGCCGUCGUACCACCUGUGCAUACCAAGGAUAGUUUGAUCACCCAUUUGGUUCGUGUGGCUUAUUUGCUCCUACAUGCAUAUCGUGACUUUUCAGGUUUUGCUGCCAUCAUGAAGGCACUGACCGUACCCGAAGUAAGAAGAUUAAAGAAGCUCUGGCAGCCUUGCUCUUCUCGUACCAAGGAUAUGUUUCGCGAUUUAGCUCAAAUCGUCGCUCCAGCCAAAAACUAUCAAGCCUAUCACACCUGUCUCCGCACAAAAUUGGAUGUACAUCAUCAUACAGGCAGUGGGGGUAUGAUGAUUGCCAUUCCUUGGAUUCAACCUCAUCUUUUAUCUAUUCGGUCUAUUGUGACAGCAUAUACUGCGGGGGAUGACCAUGACCAACAGCACACUGGUGAUAUCGUACUCUCGGCCCCCGGAGCUCAUAAACUCAAUAUUGAGCUAUCUAUCUUGGAACUCUGUCAGCACAAUUCAACCAUCGAUACUGCUUCAGCUAAUGAAUUUUUGUUGGAAGACAUUUUGACACCCACAGAUAAAAAGAGCAAACGGGUUUCCAUGGCAACCUCUAAAGCUAUUCAUAUAGAGGGAUUACGUGCUGCUGUAAUUCCCGUAGGCAAUCUAAAUCAUUUAGCCCCUGGAGAUCAACUCACUCACCAUUGGCUUGUCUCUCGCGUUUACUUACGUAAGGAUCAACUGAUUAAUGAAAGUAUUGAGGUGGAGCCUUUAAAGCCUGGGGAAUCCAUCACGUGUGACAAGGAUGAGUUUGAAGAAGCCAUGAGCCAACAGACUAAAUAUUUAGCUAGUCGACCUGUCAGUGUUAUUUCAAGACGUACAAGUAUUGCACCACCUGAACCUACGGAAGAUAUUUUUGAGCAAGAGCUAGUGGACAUUGUACGUACAACCCGACCAGAGUCUAUAAAUGACAGCACAGAUGAAAAUGACGAUGACAACGACGAAGAUCAAGGCGGACUUGAUGUAGUAGUUGAUACCAAAUCUAUCGAAAUACCAUUGGUUAGCCCUGUAGAAGAAUCAAAUAUUGAAGAGCACGAGGUUACACUACAUCCCACUACUACAAUUAUGCCAGAACUAGAACAUCAAAACGAGCCUAGGGCUGCUACACAAUCACCUGAGAGUGCUAAUAAACCUCAGUCAGUGGUAGAAGAAGAAGAAGACGAAUACAUCGAGGUCAUUGUAGAAGACAACAAGGAUCCUCUGUUAGGUCAUGAAGUUCCUACUAAAGAAGUGGAGCCAGAGCAAGAGCAAGAGAGAGUAGAUGCUAGUAAUUACUCUGGUUCUUCAUCUUCCAACUCCACUUCGGUCAGUAAACAAAAAUCAAGACUAUCCCCUACUGCACCUGAAUUUGUGCCUGGCGGAGCUAGCAGCAAUCAAGGAAUGGGUUCCGGUGCCAAGAAGCCUUCCAGUGUUAAUACCAGUACUUCUGACGAAAGAUGGUUAGGAUACCCCGUGAAGGAUGAUGAGGAGGAAGUGCGUCAUGAGAAUGGAUCCGAAAGAUGGAACGGAUAUCCAGAGCCCCAGAAGGGAACACAACAAACGAUUGACGAAGAGGAUGAAGACGAUGAGAUUUGGAGAGGUUAUCCCGAACCUAAUAGUAGCACAGGUAGCCCCCGACAUGCGUCAUCACAGUCAGAUGCUUCAAUAGAAUGGAAGGGAUAUCAAGCCACAAAGGAAGAAGCAAAUUGGCAGAUAGAAAGUCAAUUAAAAGUCCAGGAACAUGAAUGGCAAGGUUAUGCCUUGGAAACCUUGGAUGAAGAUGAGCUUGAUUCGAGUACGAUGAUGGACGGUGAAUUCGAAAAGUCACGGCAUGCGCGUGGUCAACAAGGCAAUGAGGACCAACUGAUGGAAAACUUUAAAAGAAAAUUUAAUGUCUAACCAUUUUUACUGCUAUUACUAUAUUCUCUUAUUUAAUUAUUCUUGUUCAAUACAAAAAAAAAAGUAAAAAAAAAAUGCUUCAAAAAAAGACAUAAAAAGAAAAAAAGAAAUAAAUACCGUAUAAUAUACCCAAC